AUGCCUAUAUUAAUUUUGCCUUUUCUUCAGGAAUUCUUUAUUAAUAAAAUAAAUGAGUUAAAAAUAAAACUUUUAUUUAUGUAAGUUAAUAUUUCUGUUUAAUAAUAAUUACCUUUUUUGGUUAAUUAGAUAUUGCACAUGAGCUUCUAUUUAGUUGGAAGGUCUCAAAGAGUUGCUUUGAGAAUUGAAAAUUCUUUGAGGAGCUACUAAUCAAGAAUUAUGGGCUAGUAUUGUACUCCUUCACAUUCAAAAUCAUUCUCACAAGGUUUAUGCUUUCCUCUGAUCAUAAGUUAAUUUUCUUGUAAAAAGCAAUCGUUAUCUGUAUUGUAAAAAUCAAUAUCUUAAUUAUAUUAGUUGGAGGAUGAGGUUUAGCAGUAUUAUGCAUAACUAGGCACUUGCUACACUUUUUUUUCUCCUUAUUGGAAUUUUGAAUUUAAAGAAGAGAUAAUUGAAGCAAAUCAAUUUUUGAAAUUGUUUAUCUUUUAGAGUCUCGAACACAUUCAUUCAACUAAAUUAAUUUCGAAAUAUAAUAAACUCAAUAUAUUAAAUAAGGAGUGCUAUAAAAACGAAUGA